AUGACAUCCGCGGCGAAGAGGCUUCCUAUCCCCAGAAAUGGGGUCGACUAUAGAGGCAAGAUCGUCUUGGCCCCAAUGGUCCGCAGCGGCGAGUGUCCAUCGCGAUUGCUGGCGCUGAAGUAUGGCGCGGACCUGGUCUGGGGCCCGGAAACCAUUGACAAAGCUCUUAUCGGCACGACAAGACACGAGAACCCAAACACAAGUACAGUCGAAUUCACAAGAGUGUCAUCAAAUGGCGCCAAGAAUCCGACACUUAGUCCUGAGCAGCGGGAGAGCGUCAUAUAUAGACUGCAUCCAGGACGUGAAGGAAAACAAUUGAUCUACCAGAUCGGCACCGCGAAUCCAGAGACUGCUGUCGAAGCAGCGAAACUUAUAGCCAAAGAUGUGGCUGGGAUAGACGUCAACGCUGGCUGUCCAAAGCCCUUCAGCACUAGCGGUGGCAUGGGAGCUGCACUUUUGAAGACACCUGAAAAAUUGUGCUCAAUUCUUCGUGCGCUGGUAAAAGAGGUUGGCGAGCCAAAUGAGAUCGGUAUCAGCGUCAAGAUCCGAAUAUUGGACGAACCAGAAGACACAAGAGCACUCGUGGCGAAGCUUUGCCAGACUGGAAUUAUCGGGCUUACUGUGCAUUGCCGGACAACACCAAUGAGACCACGCGAAAGGGCCAUUCGAGAUCAGUUGAAAAUGGUCGCCGAGACUUGCCACCAGGCGGGAGUCGCUUGCUUAAUGAAUGGUGAUGUGACCAGUCGCGACGAGGCGCUAAAGCUGAUAGAAGAGUAUGGCGUAGACGGCGCAAUGAUUGCGACUGCUGCGGAGACCAAUCCUUCGGUAUUCCGUGCAGAAGCAGACGGUGGCAAAGCUGAUUGGGAAGAAGUUGUGAAGGAAUACGUUAAAACAUCACUCGAAGUUGAGAAUCGAUGGGGCAACACCAAGUAUCUUCUCGGGCAGAUGAUUCCCGGCAAGCAAAAAGUUUACAAGCAAAUGAUGACCACCAAGAGCUUCAGCGAUAUUGUGAAGGUGCUUGGCUACUCGGAUCUUGAAGACUUGGCCAAGGAUGUUGACAAGCGUUUGGAGAUUGGCGCGAUCAAAAGCACCGCGAGGACCUUGUGA